AUGAGAAUCCUUCAGAUCUUUCUUAUUUUGCUCUGUGGACUGGCUGCAGCCCAGCAACAGACCCUAAUGGACUAUUUAGAAAGGAGACUACUGGCUAUUGAGGAUCGCAUCUCCCUAUGGCACGAGCAGACGAGCCGCUACACUUCAGAGCUGCGUGAGUUCAAGCAACAGAUGGUGGCUCAGCUUGAGGGCCUGGACAAGAACAAGGAAGCUUUGAGAAGUGAACUGGAUGCGGUGGGUGCCCGUGUUGACCGGGUAGAGCGUGAGAUGGACUACCUCGAGACACAGAAUGGUGCGCAGCCCUGUGUGGAUGUAGAAGACAAGCUGGUGGAGCAGCAGGUGAUCGUAGCCAAGGAGAGGAAUAAGGCCAAGUAUGCAAAGCUCACAGACUGCAGAGACAUGAUUGAAAGCAUCAAGGGCAUGAAGAUCCUUAAGCGGGUGGGUGGCACUAAAGGCAUGUGGUCCAAAGACUCCGGGAAGGUCUACCUCUUUAAUGGCACUGGAGAGGACACUCUAUACCAGUUCGGUUCAGUCCGGGAUUUCACCUCUUCCCAAGGUGUUGCAGCUGCCAAAGCAGUCACUCUUCCCACUUCCUGGCAAGGUGUGGGCCAUGUUGUAUACAACAAUCACCUGUACUACAUGAGAGCCAAUGAGGAGAUAAGGUUGGUUAAGUUUGAUUUACAGAAAAGCUCUGAAGUGGACAGUGCUGUGUUUCCAGCAAAAGACCAGCUUCCUGUCUACACCCUUAAUCCAGAGACAUACGUCGACCUGGCUGUAGAUGAAGAAGGACUGUGGGCUAUUUAUGCUACAAAGGAAAAUGAAAAACACAUUUCAUUAGCCAAGGUGGACCCAAAAACUCUGUCCAUCGAGCAGAUGUGGGACACUCCAUGCCUGAGAGAGAAUGCAGAGGCAGCUUUUGUGGUGUGUGGGACAGUCUACGUAGCCUACAACUCCAAGCUCCCCAGCCGCUCUCGUAUCCAGUGUGUUUUUGAUGUAAGCGACAUGGUAACCGACGAUGAUGCACCGACUGUAUAUUUUCCUAAGCGCUAUGGUACUCAUUCAAGCCUCAAAUACAGUCCCAUGGAGCAGCUACUCUAUGCCUGGGAUGAUGGCUACCAGAUUCUUUACAAGCUGCAAAUGAAAAAGAAGUUAGAGGUGUAAAAUAUACUGAAGAAAAUAUAGCAACCAGAAAAAAAUCCACAAGACCUCAGAUUUUCAUCACCUAGAAUACAAAAUAAAGUCCUUAAUAAAGUUAUGAGAUACUUGCUGACUAAAAUCUACACAGUUUGUGCUGUUUCCUCGAAUUACUGUUAAAUCAAGUUGUCAAGUCAACUGUAUUUGUUUAAUGCUUUUUACAAUGGACAUUGUCUCAAAGCAACAAGACCAAAAACCCCUGUUGAGCAAGCUGGGGGCAACAUAAACAUUACAAAGAAGAAACCUGAUAAGAAACAGCCUCAACAAAGACCCAUCCUACUUGGGUGGCCUAGAGUAUAAUACAGGAUAAUUUGGAUGAUACAUAUGAAUUAGACAUGAAGAAAACUAUCAUGGACUAAGUAUAUGCCUGUAGAUAAGUGCAUGCCUCUGUUUGUACCACCUUAUGUAAUAACAUAUGUGGCCAAAAGUAUCCAGACACCUUACAAUAAGAUGUUAAACAACCCAUUCCAAAACCAUGGGCAUUAACAUGGUAGCACUACCACAAUCCAUGUCUUUCUUGACCUUACAUUGUGCACAAGAGAAAAGGUCAUACUAGAGGUAAGGAAAACGGGCUUUCCCAAAUUGGUGCCACAUAUAAGGAGGCAUAUAAUUGAUUUUACAUCAUUGAUUUUAUACAUUGGAUAAGAAUGGGUGUGAAUUGAGUAAUUAGGAGGAGAGUCCUAAUACUUUUGUACAUAUAGUGUUUUAAAAAUGUACUUAUUAUACAACUCUUUGUAUCAUGCCCAGAAUACCCCUCAUAUUAAAUAUUGAAGCACCUUAUUGCACAACUGGGUAAGAUUAAAUGAAUGGAAAAAAUUAAGGAAACAUAGUUACAGAAAAUAAUUAAUAAUCACCAAAACUAACCAUGUAAUGUAAUGUAAUAUAGAAAACAGUACUAUUAUUGCUACACAAGUAUACAAACUUUAGUAACAUAGUGGUUUUAAAGGACAGUC